AUGGCGGUUAAAACAGGUGGUGUGGAGGCGACAGAUCGCUUCAUUGCCGCCUGUCCAUCGCUUUCCAAAAAGCGAUCCCCUGUGGAUCACAGUACAACAUAUGAGCGAGUCGCCGCGGAACACGCCGCCGCGCGCCCGCCGGGAGGGUCGGUGCGAAGCGCGGCGCUGCUGAAGCAAGUGAGGAUCGUGCUCACGCCCCUGGCCGUCCCCGCGGAGGAGCGCGCCGGGCGCCGGGCGCCGAAGCGCUCGCGGGCGCAGCCGUGCCGCCCCGGAGGGUCCUCGGAGGAGCAGGCGGGGGGCCAGGCGGCCUGCGGCGGGGUUCCCGGCCCGCGGGAGCCGGAGGCCUCUUCCCGCCCGGCGGAGCUCGCCGUCCCCGAGGCGAGUCCCGGCAUGCCCGCUUCCGCAGCUGGUCGGCCCGAGAACGGUGGAGCGAAAGCGAGCGCCUGUUGCUUUGAGAAUGACUCAACGGAGCUAUCAGCUUAUGAGAAAAAGAGACUGAAAAAUAUAACGGAAAACGCUGAAUAUUUUGCUUCUCUGAAGCUUUUUGAGUCAGCUGCAAGACUUCGUGAAAUGACAAUCAAAGGGCAGUCUCAUGAAAUAAAAAGAGUUAAACCUUCAAAGACAGAAGCUGAGACAGCUUGUCGAAGAUCCAUGCGCUUGCAAAGAGUAGACCCCCUGGGCAUUCCCCUGCCAGAGAAACCUGCAGAGCCAGAACUGUCAGUUGAAGAGCAUCAGUGUUUGCCACCUGGGCCAAUUCAGAUGAUCCCUGCACAUCAAGAUCAAAGAACUGAGCCAACUGAAGGCGUUCUGAAUACGUGGGCAAAAAUAAGCCAGGUAGAACCUAAAAACACCAAGAAGAAUAUGUGCAACUUGGAAAGUUACAAAGCUCGACUGUGUGGAAUGGUCCUCAGAGAAGACUGUGUAGCAAAAGUAGUCAAGAGCCGGAUUUACUCUGUGGCCAUCCAUCCAUCCGAAAGCAGAACGUUGGUGGCAGCUGGAGACAAUUGGGGGCAUGUCGGUCUCUGGGAUUUGGACUGCAAGUUGGAAGAUGGAAUUCAUGCCUUCACACUCCACCGCCAGCCUGUUAGCUGCUUGCAAUUUGCUCCCUUUAAUGCUGCUCAGCUUCUCUCCUUGAGCUAUGACGGCACAGUGCGGUGCGGGGACGUAACUAGAGCGGUCUUCGAAGAGGUGUACCGAAAUGAGCAGUACAAUAUCUCCUCGUUUGACUUCUUGGCGAAAGAUGCCUCCACUUUGUUAGUAGGAAUGUGGGAUGGAGGAGUGGCUAUAGUGGACCAAAGAACUCCAGGACAGUCCUCUGAGCUCUUUGCAGAUCUCAACUCAAAAACAAGGACUGUUCAUGUUCAUCCAGUCAGCAGGCAUUAUUUCAUGACUGCUGGAGCAAGGGAUGUUGGUAUUUAUGAUGUUCGGCACUUGAAGAACAGUGGAAGCAGGCCUGUGGUCUCUCUCUCAGGACACACAAAGAGUGUUGCGUCAGCUUAUUUUUCACCCCACAGUGGUAACAGAGUCGUGACAACUUGUGCUGACAAUACAUUGAGGGUUUUUGGAACCAGUUGUUUAUCAUCGUUAGCCCCUAUUCUUACCACGAUCAGGCACAACAACAACACGGGACGGUGGCUGACCAGGUUUCAAACUGUGUGGGACCCAAAGAGGGAUGACUGCUUUGUGGUGGGGAGUAUGUCUCGACCGAGGCAGAUACAGGCCUUUCAUGCUACUGGAGAAUUGGUUCAUACCUUCUCCAGUGAUGACCACCUUGCCUCUGUCUGUUCUAUUAAUGCCUGGCACCCAAGCAGAUCAGGGAAAUGGAUAUUGCAGAUCACGGCUGGGGGAGCCUGCCAUGUUGUGCAAGCUGCUUUACAGUAAGAAUUGAUAAAAGCUUGGAAAACCAUGUGGCCUUCUGUAAUAGUGCAACAAGAAUGUUAAAACCA